GGCAAGGAAUUAUUCAAAAAUCUGAAUUUGUGUAAAGAAAGUUUAGAAAUAAGAAUCAAGUUUACGAUCAUAAAGUCCAAUUUUGAAUGUACAAUAUUUUAUUUGAAUUGUUGUUUUUGCCUAAGCCUCGAGGAAAUCCAGGAGCUGCGCCCUUAUUGCAGGUAUGUGUUAGAAAUGAGAAAAUGAUUCAUUUCCUAAUAUACCAUGCAGCAGGACAUCUAAAUGAUCCCAUUUUUGAAGCCUUGAAGCCUGAGCAAUAAAAUUGUUAAACAAUCCAUAUAUAAUUUCAAUAUCUAAAGAUGCAUCCCAAAUUCAAUACUUUUAACAGUAUAGACUACUGUAGAUUCCGUUGAUGCUACCAAGUGCAGAUUCAUGUAAAAUCAAACGGCACAGUACUAUGAUUCGGUACCUUAAUGCAUCAUUGUGAUAUGGAGGGAAUGGCAAUUUUCCAUAGCACUCAUGAAAAUAGCAUUGCAUGCACAAUACUGUGAUUAUGUCAGAUGGCACUAAUGCAGUAAACAAAGCAAGUAUGACUAAAAGAAAUCAUGAGAUAAUGGCUAUGUUUUUGAAAAUGCGAUGCUGACUGUGGCCUCUACAAUUUCUGAAUAAAAUGUAAGAUGAGCAGCGGUAAUUCUAAUCUAAGGAAGUGGGAUUUUCUUAAGGCUGUAGAGAGCAGAGUUUGACACCCUAGGAUCCUGGGCUAGCAGUGAGGGGCAGCUGAAUCAGUAUUUUCAUCUACUUCAGCUAAAUAACUAUUGUUUAAGACAAAAUGAACAUGAUACUCAAAAUAGGGAUCAAUGAGUAUCAAGGCAGAUUCCCAGGUAAAGGGAUCUGCCCGGAUUCAAUCAGUUCAAAUAUGAAAAGUAACAAAAUUCAUAUUGUAUGUGUUCAACUUCCACUCAGUAGUUAAAUCCAUUAUUAUUUUAUCUACCUUCUCCAAUGGAGGAAGAAAAAAAAAAUUUAAAUGAAUAUUAUAGAAAUAAGCCGGCUAUGAGAGCAGCAAGCUCCUAAAAAUGGCAUUGCUAUUCUAAAAUAAAUUUUGUAUUCACACCAAGAAUUUCCUUCAUUAAAAACAUAUUGUGCUCUGCAAAGUUACACAGGUUCUGUUCUCCCACCGGUACAAGAUGGAUUCUCAAGCAUUUGUAAACUCAGAAAUAUUGCGACAAUUCUGCUUUCAGGCGAGAUUAAUGGCAAUGCAGAUUUGGCGAGAAAUUUUUGUCAAAGUAACACCAGCCAAAUCUAAUUUUUAACAGUCUUAAAAUGAGUAUAUAUAUUUCAAAGAAAAAAACUAUGUCUGGUUGCCCUGAUUACAUAAUUUACUGUAACUUAAAAGAAAUUGUUAUGGGUUAAUAAAAUUUUCUAGAAAGAGAGUGACUACACUGUUGACUUAGAUACAGAUAUGUUACGUAAUUAAAGCAAACAAGUUUUACACACAAGAAAUAAAGCUUUCUAAUAUACUUUAUCUUUAUCACACAUACUGGACUUUGUCUCAUAAGCUGAGGGUGACUCAGGUUAAAAUGUGAGCUGAGUAUCAGUCAGGAUUCUGCUUCCGGACAACAGACAGGCAGCUCAGGCGUAAUCUCUGGAACUGGGUUCUUCAACGGCUGAGAAGUGCUGAUUAUACUUGAAAAUGUCCAACUCUGUCACAGUAUUUCUGGCAGUACUCUGCUGUUUUUUGCCAAGACCCUCUGACUCUAGCAAGAUCCUGGUGGUACCUGUUGACGGCAGCCACUGGAUCAACAUGAAGAUUAUCCUUGAAGAGCUUCACUCCAGGGGCCAUGAAAUCACAAUUUUGCACUCAGCCAAGAGCUGGUUCAUUUCCAGUAACUCCUCCAUUUAUACCUCCAUUCAUGUUCCAAUGCUAGAGGAUGAGACAAAUGCAAAUUUUAUGAAAUUGAUAGAAGAUGGAAUACAGUGCCGAAGGUAUCCUACUUUUAUACGCUCAUUUUGUCAACAGAAUUUGCUGACACAGAUGUUAGAGGAGGGCCAUAAGGGUUUAGCGCGAUUAGCAGGUAAAACUUUAGAGGAUCCAGUGUUAAUGCAGAACUUACAGGAUAGUAAGUUUGAAAUAAUUUUGACAGACCCUGCUUUUCCUUUAGGGGUUAUUGUGGGUGGUUACCUUAAGCUGCCGAUGGUCUUUAAUGUCCGCUGGAUUAAUAAUGGAGAAGGUCAUCAAACUAUAGCCCCUUCUCCUGUCUCUUAUGUGCCUGUAUCAGGAAGUGAACUUCAGGAUCAGAUGGAUUUUCCAGAGAGGAUUAAGAAUAUGUUGCACUAUUUCUAUAAUAUUUAUGAGAUGUACUACAUUAUAAACCCAGCCUACUCAGAUGUGUUCAAGAAACACUUUCCUCCUGGCACAGACAUGAUUUCUUUGGAUCUUUCAGCUGAUAUCUGGCUUUUUAGGGGAGAUUUCGUUUUUGACUUUCCACGGCCCACCAUGCCUAAUGUGGUGUACAUAGGGGGGUUCCAGUGCAAAGAAGCCCAACCUCUCCCUGAUGAUUUGGAGGAAUUCAUGCAGAGUUCUGGAGAACAUGGGGUUGUGAUCAUGUCUUUGGGAACAGUGGUGUCAGCUCUGUCUUCAGAUAUCACAGAAGCAAUAGCUGCUGCAUUUGCUGAGCUCCCUCAGAAGGUGAUUUGGCGGUUUGUGGGUGACAAACCUUCAUCACUAGGAAAUAAUACCCGGCUAGUAAAAUGGUUUCCCCAAAAGGACCUUUUAGGACACCCUAAGACCCAUCUCUUUAUAGCCCAUGGGGGAACCAAUGGAAUGUAUGAAGCCAUCUAUCACGGUGUUCCUGUUCUGGGUUUACCCCUGAUGUUUGAUCAGUUUGACAACUUACUCAAGCUGAAGGUGCGCGGUGCAGCUCGAGUGGUGGAGAUCGGAUCUCUGACCAAAGAUAGUUUCCUGGAGGCUCUGAAGGACAUCUUAGAAAAUCCAUCUUACCGUAAAAACAUCCAACAUCUCUCUCAGCUACACCGUGACCAACCAAUGUCUCCAAUGGACACUGCCAUCUUCUGGAUAGAGUAUGUCAUCAGGAACAAAGGAGCUGCUCACCUGAAGUCAGCAGGUUUUAAUCUGCCUUGGUAUUCCUACUUCUGUUUGGAUGUUGCAGCCUUUCUUUUGGCCAUAACUGGAACCUUCAUCAUGGGUUCAGUCUUUGUCUGCAGGUUUCUCUGCUGCAGGAAAUCCAAAAAGAAAAUAAAAGCAGAGUAAAUCACCAUAAACACAUUUUGCUCAAGAAUUGUAUGUCUAUGUUCACCUAAAAGAACUGAUAGUGACAAAAAAAAAUCAUCUGUAAUGCAUUUAAACCUAUUUCCAACAAUUUUAGGCUAUGACUAUAUGUAUUGCAAAGAAGAGUCUGUUUUUGGGGG